CAGCAGUGUCAGCUGAUGACAUAUGCCACGAAUGUCCGAAGGGCGAUCGCGGAUAUAUUGUAUGAUUCCGACCGAAUUCCGACCAUUCCGAUUUCUUCCGUGCUCAUGAGCGGUGUACAUACCCGGUUCAACACGCGGCUCCUUUCGAUAAGCCGUUUUUUAAUUAUUUUAUUUUCUUUACACGCGCGCGUCCGGUGUUUACUGCUCAUCAUUUUAGACGAAAAUACGCGUGAUUAAUAUAGACGCGAUAUUCAACAAGUUUAAUUAAUUUAGUCAAAAUGAGCAGCCAAAAGACAGUACCGAACGGUGUAAAAUUCCUCAUUGGUGGGACUUCUGGCAUGGCAGCAACAUGUUUUGUACAACCAUUGGAUUUAAUAAAGAAUCGUAUGCAGUUAAGCGGCACAAAAACGUCGACGUUAAGCGUUACCUCGGGCAUUCUGAAAAAUGAAGGUGUUUUGGCAUUAUACUCCGGCUUAUCCGCUGGUUUAAUGCGACAGGCCACUUAUACUACUACUAGGCUUGGUAUAUAUACUUGGCUUAUGGAAGUUUCUUCAAAAGACAACGAGCAGCCAAGUUUUGUUGUAAAAGCACUACUUGGUAUGGUAGCUGGGUGUGUCGGAGCAUUUGUAGGUACACCAGCGGAAGUAGCUUUAAUUAGGAUGACUGCGGAUGGAAGAUCACCUAUCGCUGAGAGGCGUAAUUACAAAAAUGUAUUUGAUGCGUUAUUCCGUAUAAUUAGAGAGGAAGGUCUCUUUACGUUAUGGCGUGGCGCCAUUCCCACUAUGGGACGAGCUAUGGUUGUAAACGCAGCACAGUUGGCAUCGUACUCUCAGGCCAAACAAACAUUGCUAGACACAGGAUAUUUUGAGGAAAAUAUUUUAUUACACUUUGCAAGCUCUAUGAUUUCUGGUUUAGUCACUACUGCUGCCUCCAUGCCUGUAGAUAUAGCUAAAACAAGAAUCCAAAACAUGAAAACGAUAAACGGCAAACCAGAGUUUACAGGCGCAAUUGAUGUUCUGACCAAGGUUGUGAGAAACGAAGGAUUGUUUGCAUUGUGGAAAGGAUUCUUCCCAUACUAUGCACGUCUAGGGCCUCAUACAGUCCUGACAUUCAUUUUCCUCGAACAAAUGACCGCUGCUUAUAAAACACACUUGGCAUAGUUGUAACUGUGUGCGCUUGCGGAGAGUUGUUAUUAAUGGUUUAAAUUAAGAUUCAGACAGAGUCUUUGUUUUCUCUUUGCUUUAUCAUGUCAUUGUGUCUUCAGAAACAUUAUUUUUGUAAUAAACUCAUUUUGUAAUAUAUAUUUACUGUUAGAUAUUACGCACAUAAUUUGCAAUAUCAUUUUAUAUAAAACGUAUAUAAAAUUCACAAUUUAUAAUAAAGAUUAUUUAGAGCA